AUGGUUGCCGCGAAAAAGUUGCUCCUGAUCUUUUCCAAGCGCGAUGGCCAGCUUCUGAAUCAUCCGGGCCUCCCCGUUACAGAUUCGUGCCCAUUCAUCCCCACCAACAAGAAGAGUUUCGUUUUUGAUACCUACCUCUUGCUUCAAAUCACGUCUGAGAUUCAGAACAACCCAGCUGCGUAUGGCGGAUACGUUUUUCACAUGAGCUUCCAGGACGACAACAAGAAGUUUCUCUAUGCUAUCUUGCAGAAGGGAGACUCGGCAGAUACCGGUACUGAGUGUGAUGCUGACGACUUUGUCCCUGAGCAGAACUGUGUCCGUAACAAUGGAUGGGCCGACCCUGCCGAAAAUGAUGCUCAUGACCCUCGUGGCGAUUGCGCUGCGGAAUCUGUCUGGGGUCUCCCGGUUACCUUGGAAAAACCCGCUUGUCAUGAGGCUAUCAAGGAGUAUGAAAGCUCCCGUGCUGCUUUCAAUUUCACCCAUGCUCACCCCAACCCUCUGAGACUCAACAGAACCCACAAACAUACCAAGCGGGGAGCGCAGAGCUACGCAGAAUCCUGGCACAAAGAGCCCAGAAAUAAAGUCAUUGGGUGGUGCACUGACGGAGAGAACAGAGACUGGGAAACUAGUGGCCCUGAAUGGAGCUGCUAUGGUGAUGACGAAUCCAACCACGACAAUCGCCCAGGCGCGGCCAUCCUCACUCCUGAAAGCACGGAGUCCGACGACACCUUCAAGCCCAAGUAUGUUUCCACUGCUUCCGGUGCUAACUAUGGCCGCGGCGCUAACGGUGUAACAGGGAAGCUUGGUAACGGAUACGACAGCGAUUUCGACGCCUCUGCCUGGAGUGGACAAGAGAGGCUGCGUUAUGCUAUGAGAGUUCGGCUAGUGAGCUCCAAGCCAGCGGUUCUCUCGUGGGACAUUAUCAAGGGUUGGUAA